GUCAAAGUAAUGGCGGAAGUGUAUUCGCGAGGCGGGGCUCCCAGUGAAGUAGCGAAGUAGUACGUGUGCAUUUAGCUGUUAGCCUGCAGCCAGUGAGCUGACGACAACUCAUUUAGUCACAAACAUGGUGCUGCUUGAAAACGAUUCGUUCCUCACAGAGCUCACUCGUCUGUUCCAGAAGUGCAGAUCCUCGGGUAGUGUCGUCAUCACGUUGAAAAAGUACGACGGUAGGACUAAGCCAGUGCCCAGAAAAGGCCACUCGGAGUCCUUUGACCCUGCAGACAAUAAAUGUCUCAUCAGAGCUUCUGAUGGCAAGAAGAAAAUUAGCACAGUGAUCAACACCAAAGAAGUAAUCAAGUUUCAGAUGGCGUAUUCCAACCUUCUCAGAGCACACAUGGAUGGACUGAAGAAGAAAGACAAAAAGAGCAAAAGCAAGAAAAGCAAAGCCACCCAGUGAGCAACAGACUGAUAGCUUGAACUGAUCCUGGUCCUUCUGACAGGAAGGGAGUGGGUUCCACUCAGAUGACCCGUCGGUCCCUCCCUCAGAAUACCGUGUACAUCGUUCCAGUGACCACUUCCAUACUUUGCCAUGCUAAUGUGUUGUCGGCAAUUCUUCCGAGUGCCAUCUGUGAGGAUUUGUCGUACGGCACAAAUCGACCGCCCUCGACAGUCUCUGGAGCCAAACCCACGCAGUCCAGCCCAGCGGCCUGUUGACUUUUCUUCUAUUUAAUGACUACUCUCCCUAUUUAUGUUCAAAUUCUAAUUGUCAAGCCAGUCACUUUAAGUUUUUUUAGAGGGAUGAUUUCAUUUUUAUCUUUGGUAAAUGUAUUGAACUGUCGGAUGAGUUGCUUGGACACACAAAACAAAUAUGGUUUUUCCCUCACAUGUUUCAAGUAGUUUUUAGUAGAAUUAUUUCCCCUUUAAGGACCCCAUGAAGCUGCCGCACUAGCAAUCUUAUUUUGUCAAUAAUGAUGUUUCAGUUCAUCAGACGUUUGAAUGGGCUAAAUAGCACAACAUAUUGAUUUAGUGAAAGCCGAGGCAUGUUGGACUUCUGGACGAUGCAUUCCCAGUCCAAGGCAGCGUGUUGACGUUGACAAAUAAAGUGCUCUGUUCAAAAGUCA